AUGUCGGAGUCUGGCAGCGAGGCCAGCAAGGCAGCGAAGAAGAGGGAAUACAAUCGGAAUGCCCAGCGGGUAUUUCGUCAACGGCGCAAGGAGCAUCUUAGCAAACUCGAAGCGGCGCAGCGCGAACUCAACAGCAUACAAGUUGAGGAAGUCGAGCGACUCCGUCGCGAAGUCCAACUCCUUUCGCAGGAGAAUGAAUCCCUCAAAGCAGCGUACGGGUCUCAGGCAAACUCUCCUGGACCGACGAUCACACCAUCGCCUUCGGGCUACAUUCACUACGGUGCACCUCAUCCUGGCUAUCUAGGUUCGGUGUCUGCAAAUACUUCCUACAUACCCGGGGUCGUGCCAGCGGCACUUCAUCCGCCUACCACAACACCGAUGUCAAGCACAAGUACAGACCCGGCAAACGUCGUGGUGGUCGUCCCUCAUAAUAUUCGCGAGAUUCGACGAAAUCUACACGCCAUGUUUAGCCCCCUUCUCGAAAUUCCUGUUAUUUCAAACCCUCAAACGCACUUGGCCACCUUAGCGGCACUAGAAUCAACAUUACCCAGCCCCUUGAAACCCACGCCUCUACAGCUAUCCACCCCUCACCACGCCUAUAUAGACAUGAUACCUUCUCCCAGUCUCAGAGAUCGAUUAAUAACAGUGGGCCCAGCGAAUGCCAAUUCUUUUCUUACGGAAGCAUGCACUAUCGCGUGCGAUAUCGAGGAUACCGGUCAAAUGAUUGUGUGGGGAGAAGACUGGCUGAGCGAAUUCUCUUGGGAGUUCUCCCCCAGUGUGUUUGAACGCUGGGGAAGCUUCGUUCUCGGUCCUGAAUGGGGUCAACGUGCAAAUUUCUGGCGGAAACAAAGAGGAGCGCCGGUCAUACCAGGCUAUGAUUGA